CGCAUGUGACAUCCGUAAAGGUAUCCUUCGUUGUGGCAUUUCGAAUUUACACUUUAUCCCAGCAUGAGUGAAGAAAUAUCUGAGAAUAAUGGCCUUCGGGCCAUUGCAGAGGCUGCCAAUCACUUUUCUACUAGUUUUCUGAAGGUACUGGUUAAUGAUAAAUCUGAUGAUUUGAUCACAUCUCCAUUGAGUAUUCAAGUGGUAUUGGCCAUGGCUGCGUACGGAGCUAAUGGAAAAACUGCUACUCAAAUGCGUUCAGCUCUUUUUCUCCCUGAUAACGACGAUCUUAGCCAAUCUGGUUAUCGCUACCUCAUCACACUUCUGAAUACUGCAAAAGGAGUUGAACUGCGUCUCGCCAAUAAAAUAUUUACGGCUUCUGGUUUCGAGGUAAAACCUACAUACAAGGAAUUGACGACUGCAAAAUUCUUGUCAUCGAGUCAGGAAGUAGAUUUCAACGAUGCAUCGACUGCUGCUAAAACCUUGAACACUUGGUGCGAAGAGCAAACGAACAAGUGCAUAAAAAACGUUUUUGCACCAAACAACAUCAGCAAAGACACCAAGUUGGUAUUGGUGAACGCCGUGUACUUCAAGGGUCAAUGGGAGAAAAAGUUUGAUCCUUCUCGGACUCAGGAUAGACCGUUCUAUGUAGAUGAAAAAACUGCAAAACAUGUUCCUACCAUGUACAUAAAAGCUAAAUUCAAAAGGCAGGUUCUUCCAGAGCAUGACGCAACCUUCAUCGAAUUACCGUACGAGGGUGGAGAGCUGAGCAUGAUUAUAAUUUUACCAAAUAAAAUUGUAAAUGGAUUAAACAUGAUCGAGGAUAAUCUUCAUGGAGUGAAUUUCAAGGAAAGAUUAGAACAAAUUUCUCCCAGAGACGUCGUUGUAUACUUACCAAAAUUCAAAGUCGAAUGCAGUUUUGAUCUCCAGGAAACUUUGAAGAAGUUGGGAAUGACUGAAAUGUUUACAAAUAAUGCUGACUUUUCUGGCAUAGCUGAUAUUCCGCUAAAAGUUAGCAAAGUCGUUCAGAAGGCAUUUAUCGAGGUCAACGAAGAAGGUAGUGAGGCAGCUGCUGUUACAAAAAUGCAGAUUACAAAGCGUUCUGGGCCACGAGAAUUCGAAGUUAAUCGGCCUUAUUACUUUGAAAUAUAUCAUCGAAAUACUGGAAUUUCAAUCUUUGCUGGCUUUGUUCGACAACCCAACUAGGUGUAAUUUAAUCAUGACCAUUAAUUGCAAAAUGGCACUGAAGAUUAAAUCUGUUACAGAAUUAUACCAGAGCU